AUGCUCUUUGCCGGAGCAUUAUGUGCUCUCUCCCUCGUGCUGAACCUGGUUUUUAUCAACAAGUACCGCACGCGCUUCAUCAGCCCGUUAGACAACUAUCAAGAACUGAAACAAUAUCCACUCGUCAACACAACCCUCGUCCGCUCGAACAUGACUCUCCUGUCCAAGCCGAGCGAAAAUGCGGUCGUGACGACGCUUUACUCCGACUCAUAUGCGCCCGCCGUCGCUGCGCUCGGACACUCGCUACGCAAGGUCGACACCCUUGCGCGACUCAUCCUGCUCUACAUCCCUUCGCAAGUCUCCGCGAGCGCCCUUUGCCUCGCCUCCUCCUCAGGCUUCGUCCCACACCCCGUCCAGCGCAUUGCGCCGCCGCACAAUGGCAGCGGCGUAACCCCACGCUUCCUGGAUCAGUACACCAAGCUGACGCUCUGGACGCUCGACCGCCUGCCGGAGCCGGUGCGCGCGCUAGUGUACAUCGAUGCGGACGCGCUCGCACUGCGCAACUUUGACGAGCUCUUCGCGCUACCGUAUGCGUUCGCGGCCGUGCCGGACGUGUACGGCGACGUGCGCGGCUUCACGACGAAUUUCAACGCCGGCGUCAUGUUCCUCCGCCCGGACAGCGCGCUCUUCGCCGCGAUGCUCGACGCCUUCCCCGCCGCGCGCUACCCGCGCACGAUGGCUGAGCAGGCGUUCCUCAACCAGUACUUCGCCACCGACGCGCUCCGCCUCCCAUACGCCUACAACGGGAACCUGGCUCUCAAGUCUCGCAGCCCCCACGUAUGGAGCGGCGUCCGGAGCGAGAUGCGCAUCAUCCACUACACGCUCGUCAAGCCGUUCAUCACCAAGAAGUGGGACACUGUUCCUCUCGAUCGGAUGCAGGAGCGCGUCGACGAGGCCGCGCGGUCCUACAGCGGCUUGUUCCGCGACGAGAUGGAGUACUGGGGACGGGUCUGGGUGGAGACACGGACGGUAUAUGCGCAGCAGCUGGACGAGUGUCGAGGGCUGAGGAGCUUCAACAAAUACGGCUUUUGA